GUAGUAGGUGCACGGUGCCACUGGCCACAAGCAAAGAGUAUAUUAUUGUGUGCAUCAUUCAAUCGUUCAGUAGCAAGUUGUUUAUUGUGCAAAAUUGUGAAUGAAAUAAAAACAGUUCAGAGUGAAGUAAUAUCGUUGUGUCGAAAAUGUCGGCAAACGAAAGUGUGUAUCGGUUAGAAGGCAGUGAUGACACUGAAAUUGGUGGGUUGAUCGUAACCAAGAAACAAACAUCUGAUCACGUUUUCAAAAAACCUCAGACAUCGAUAUUGGGCCUCGAUAAACUUGCUGAGCAAAAGCGCAGAGAAAAUUCUCUUGAACCUAAAACUUUAAAAAGAGAUGAUACUGAACAUGAUUCUAAAAAAAGAAAAUACCGAACUUAUGCCGAGGAAACACCAACUUACACGGGUGGUGUUGAUAAGCGCGCAAAAGAGAGGUUGGAUUACAGGAUAAACCGAAAUCAUCGUGACAGAAGAAGAGAUCGAGAUGCAAGAAGUCCUGGUAAAGACAAGCGUCGCGACAGGGAUCGUAGAGGAGAUCAGAGCAGUCGAAGAGACAGAACUCCAAGAUUUAGUGACGAGCCAUCUACACCAAGUUAUUACAGAACAAAGGAUGGAACGUCAAAAUCAUCAUGGGACGAUGAAGAUGAAUUUGGUACACCUAGAAGAAGGUCAACUUGGGAUCAUCCUACACCACAUUUGUACAGAGAUGUUAGGGACAGUGUAAGAAGUGAGUUUACGCCAUCUUACAAGUAUAACUCCUGGGAAAGAGAGAGAAAAAAAUCAGGUGCUACUCCUUUAAUAGAGCAAGAAGACAGAGAUGCUUGGGAGCAAGAGCAAAGAAGACUUGAUAGAGAAUGGUAUAACUUAGGAGAUGAAGAGACCAGACGCUUUGGAGAUGUAUCCGAAGAAUAUGAUCUGAAAAAAGAGCAAGAGCUGGUAGAAAAAAAGAAGAAAAGAAUGUCUGCACAACAACGACAAAUAAAUAAAGAUAAUGAAAAGUGGGAACAAAAUCGAAUGUUCACUUCUGGUGUGGUUAGUUCUAUGUUUAUAGAUGACGAAGUUGAUGACGAAGGAGAAGCUAGAGUGCAUCUUCUUGUACAUAACGUUGUGCCUCCUUUCCUAGAUGGUCGUAUUGUUUUCACCAAACAGCCAGAACCUGUGAUACCAGUGAAAGAUGGAACAUCUCCAAUGGCUCUGGUAUCUAGGAAAGGUUCCCAUUUAGUACGUUGCUAUCGAGAGCAAAAAGAGCGAAGAAAAGCUCAAAAAAAGCAUUGGGAGCUAGCUGGAACAAACCUUGGAAACAUCAUGGGUGUAGAAGAUUCCAAGAAAAAAGAUCGAGAGGCUCCUGGUGAAUUAUGUGAUUAUAAAACUGGUCAAAAAUAUGCAAGCCACAUGGGUGAUCAUGUCACUCAAUCUAAGUACAAAAAAAUCCAAGAACAAAGGAGAAGCCUGCCCGUUUUUGGUGUUAGGCAAGAGCUACUGAAUGUAAUAAGAGAAAACCAGGUGGUCAUCAUUGUAGGAGAAACUGGUAGCGGUAAAACCACUCAAUUAACACAAUACUUACAUGAAGAAGGAUAUAGCAGAAAUGGGAUGAUAGGAUGCACUCAACCCAGAAGAAUUGCUGCCAUGAGCGUAGCCAAGAGAGUAUCCGACGAAAUGGAUUCCAAUCUUGGUAGCAAAGUGGGAUACGCUAUACGUUUUGAAGAUUGCACAUCAAAAGAGACCGUUAUAAAAUACAUGACAGACGGUAUUUUGCUACGUGAAAGUUUACGCGAGGGUGAUCUUGAUCGAUACAGUGUAAUUAUAAUGGACGAAGCUCACGAGCGCUCAUUAUCAACCGAUGUAUUGUUUGGUCUUCUCAGAGAGGUCCUAACACGUCGUCACGAUCUCAAAUUAAUCGUUACGUCUGCAACUAUGGACUCGUCUAAAUUUUCAUUCUUUUUCGGAAAUGCAGCCACUUUCAAGAUUCCAGGACGAACUUAUCCAGUCGAAAUCAUUCAUCAGAAAGAUCAUGUCGAGGAUUACGUUGACGGAGCUGUGAAACAAGUGAUGCAGAUUCACUUGCAGCAUCCGAGUGGAGACGUAUUGGUCUUUAUGCCUGGUCAGGAGGACAUCGAAGUCACCUGCGAAGUAUUGAAGGAAAGACUGAACGAAAUCGAAGGUGCUGCGCCACUUUCAAUUUUACCAAUUUACUCGCAAUUGCCGUCCGAUUUGCAAGCCAAGAUUUUCCAACAGGCCACUGAAGGAUUGCGCAAGUGCGUGGUUGCCACCAAUAUUGCCGAAACGUCGCUCACGGUCGAUGGAAUCGUUUUCGUCGUCGAUUCCGGCUACUGCAAGCUUAAAGUAUACAAUCCUAGAAUAGGUAUGGACGCUUUGCAAAUCUAUCCGGUUUCUCAAGCGAACGCGAACCAACGUAGUGGUCGUGCGGGACGUACAAAUCCAGGCCGAUGCUUCCGUUUGUACACACAACGCCAGUAUCUCGACGAGCUUCUCGUUACGAGCGUGCCCGAAAUCCAACGAACGAACUUGGCAAACACUGUAUUGCUGCUCAAGUCACUGGGCGUUCAGGAUCUUCUGGCUUUUCACUUUAUGGAUCCACCGCCCCAAGAUAAUAUUCUGAACUCGUUGUACCAGCUGUGGAUUCUUGGUGCUCUCGACAAUACGGGUCAACUUACUACCCUGGGACGUCAAAUGGCCGAGUUUCCUCUUGAUCCACCCCAGUGUCAAAUGUUGAUAGUGGCAUCUAAUCUUGGAUGCACAGCCGAAAUUUUGAUAAUUGUAUCAAUGCUAUCGGUUCCUUCGAUAUUUUACCGGCCUAAAGGUAGAGAGGAGGAUUCUGAUUCAGCGCGUGAAAAGUUCCAAGUCCCGGAAUCAGACCAUUUGACAUACUUGAAUGUUUACAACCAGUGGAAAUCGAAUGGAUAUUCUAGCUCAUGGUGCACAGAACAUUUUAUUCAUGCCAAAGCAAUGCGAAAGGUGCGCGAAGUCCGUCAACAACUAGAGGAAAUUAUGAAGCAGCAAAAGAUGGAUAUUGCCAGUUGUGGUACAGAGUGGGAUAUCGUUCGCAAAUGUAUUUGUUCAGCUUAUUUCCAUCAAGCAGCUCGUCUCAAGGGCAUCGGCGAAUAUGUCAAUUGCCGCACUGGUAUGCCCUGCCAUCUCCAUCCAACCUCUGCUCUGUUUGGAAUGGGUUUCACGCCUGAUUAUGUAGUUUACCAUGAACUAGUCAUGACAUCAAAGGAAUACAUGCAGUGCGUCACUGCCGUCGAUGGAUACUGGCUAGCUGAGCUUGGACCUAUGUUCUUCAGCGUUAAAGAAACAGGUAAAACUGGUAAAGCUAAAAAACAAGCCCAACAACACUUAGAAGAGAUGAAUGAACAAAUGAAAAGAGCAGAUGCCGAAAUAAAGGCUCGUGAAGCCGAAAAAAUUUUGAAGGAGCAGGCGUCUGUCAGAAAACAAGAGAUAUUGACUCCUGGAUUAAAAGAACCAGGCACUCCUGCUUCAUAUAGAAAAACGCCGAAACGCAUCGGACUGUAAAUAUUUAAAGUAUUUAAGAAUUAAAGCAGUUAAAAAUAUUUAAGUGCAAGUUGUGAAAUACAUUGAUUAUUUUGAGCUAGCCAGAAUUCUUUGUAAAUAAACUAACGUUUUAUAUUGACUUAAAAUAUAUGUGUACAUAUACUAUUAUUUUGAAAUCUUUCAAAUAAAGAA